AUGCAAGCACCUACGGAGCGAAUGCCAGCCAGCCAAGCCUCCCCAGAGGCCGCAUCACGAACAGGUGAUCAACGUCCGCAGGAGUCGCCCCAAGCUCAUCAUCCAAGGCCAGACACUCCGCCUCAAUGUCCAACACCCACGGCCACGCCCGUCAACCAUCCGCCAGUCCAAAUAGUUCCCCGACCCCAAGAGGACAUCGAUGAGAUCUUCGAAGCUAUAGAAACCAACAACUUCGACAGCCCCAUCUUCGGAGAAGCAGGUGCGGUGUACCACGACAAACUGACACGGCGACUCAUGCCUAAGACACCAAUGUUUCAGCACUACAACAUCAUUCCUGAGGUGCCACACCCAAGGACUGUAGCUGCUCCAAAUGAUAGGCUGCAAACACCUGAUACGCCGACACCUAAGCCCAAGGCUGAGCGUAAGCCUAGGAAGAGGAAGCGCGAUCAGACGCCGCAGGAACCGAUUGACCACGAGGGGGUAGUGGUCAAGGAGGAGCCGAUGGAGAAGAAACAGAAGGGUGUGAAGAUUGAAGACGUUGCGUAG